AUGGCUGUACCAGCCAAUUCUAGUAUCAGGCCUAUAAAUGUGUUGGUGCUCCUCACUUCUCAGAUACAAAGGGGAUGUCGGGAAAUUCACACACACCUAUGCACGUUGACACCCGAUAAAAAGCAGACAUGCUUGAGAACCCACUGGCUCUUUGCCUUUGGUUUUUAUGAACAAACCAUUGGCUAUGCUGUUGGAAUCUCCAUCGUCGGUAUGCCUAAGAAGACAGCAGUGUGGACAGCAAACAGAAACAAUCCUGCUGUCCUGAGUAGCGCUGUCUUGCUCUUAACUAGUGAUGGGCUCAUUUUGCAAGUAGGAGGGAAAGAAAUCUUUGUCAUAAAUCCCUCUCAAGCCAUUGCUUCAGCUUCCAUGCUGGACACUGGCAACUUUGUGCUCUAUAAUUCAGAUCACGAUAUCAUAUGGCAAAGUUUUGACAGUCCAACAAACACCCUUUUACCUGGUCAGCAUCUGUCAGCUGGACAAGAGCUGUUCUCGAGUGCCUCGGAAGCAGACGACUCAUUCGGGAUUUUCCGUCUCAAAAUGCAAAAUGAUGGGAACCUUGUUCAGUACCCUGUCCAGACACCAGACGAUGCCCCAUAUGCUUACUUCGCUACAGAAACCAAUACACCAGGGAAUAAUGUCACACUGAAUCUUGAUGAUGACGGCCACCUCUACUUGUUGAAUUCCACUAUCAGUAUACUAAAUCUAACCAAGGGAGGCUACCCUAGAGAAAGGACCAUCAUCUAUCUGAUGAAAAUUGAUGUUGAUGGUAUUUUUCGAGUUCAUUCACAUUCUCUGAACCAACAGAACAGCUCUGCAAUAUGGUCAUCAACAGAUGAUAGGUGCACUCCAAAAGGCGUUUGUGGGCUUAAUGGUUUUUGUACCAAUAUAGAUGAUCAAAUUAAAUGUGUAUGUCUUCCGGGAUUCGAUUUUGUAAUGCCAGGAAAAUGGAGCUCAGGCUGUCAAAGGAAUUUCACUGCAGAAACCUGUCGGUUAAAGGAGAAUACUUCCAAAUACUAUGCCAUGAGAACAGUUCACAACACAAAAUGGGUAGAUAUUUCUUAUGCUGUUUUUUCCACAACCACCAAAGAAGAUUGUGAACAAGCCUGUCUACAGGAUUGUAACUGUGGGGCUGCUUUGUUCAAAGAUACAGAGUGCAGAAAGCAAAUGCUGCCUCUGAGAUAUGGAAGAAGAGACAUGAGUAACUCCAAUCAAGUAUUGGUCAAGGUGGGCAUUAUUGUAGUUGCCGAAAAAGGACUGCCUAAACAGAUUGAAGAAACAAACAACAACAAUAACAACAUACCCAGCAUUACAAAAGGCAAAAAGCUAAGGAUAGACAUCCUAAUUGCAAGCAUUACACUGGCUGUUUUGCUUUGUUGGUGUUAGGCGUCUCCGGAUUCCUUAUUCACAAAAAUCACUGGACUUACAGGAAAAUCCAGGAGAGAAGAAGUGUUCAGUUAUAUGAGAAAGUUGCUCCGCGAGCAUUCUCCUAUGCAGAACUAGAGCAGGCUCUGUUGUUUAUAUUCCCUUCUUCUCCCUCAUUUUUGACUAGAAUGAUUCAAACAAUCAGUUCCUAUUUACUAAAGAUGUUUUAAGUCCAAAUGGUUUCCCUUAGCUGUCAUAUCGAGGAAUUAACUCCAAACAUGUGCUAGUUUGAAUAUUGAUGUGUUUAGCUACUGUUUGUGUAGGGUUCUGUGUAAUGACAUGAUUAAAUCCUUGGGAUAU